AUGGUCACGCUGUCACAGCAACGAGCUGGUUUGAGCAGGGCAUUAGGCCCCCUAGUGACUUGGAUCGACAGAGAGCCGUCACUUCGCAAUUUGGACGUCGCUACUCGAUCAGAUCUUUUGUGGAACCUGUUUACGGCUGGGGUGUCUAGGACCCAAUCCGCUGAAAGCUUCCCACUAGUCACGGGAGAUGAGAACCAAUGGAACGACCUGGUAAAUACAAUAGUCCCGAACACAGUUCAUAGCAGCACAGCCGCAGACAGUCCGUCCACUUCGCAUGGGAUAUGGCAUCUGCAAAUCCUUUUGGUGGGCUUGGUGAGCUUAGCUGUUGACCCCUGGAUGCCUUCAGACAGAUGGCGCUUCUACACUACUGCAUUAGGUACUUUCCUAGUGGCAUGUGCAGGUAUGCUUUGGACUUUUGGUUGGACCAAGGGUCCUUGGAGGCUGGGGUCUGGCAGGGUUGCAACCUUUAGACCUAGUGAGCACACAACACCAUGGGUCAACGAUGUAGCUGGGGGACUUCCCACACUUGAGCCAAUCUAUGAGAGCGUGCAACCUUCAGCACCUCCACCGGGGGUGCCACCAGUGCCUUUGUUGGAACAACAAGUAGGCCCUCAAAGUGCUGUCGAGAUGUCAAACAGUGCCGGGUGGUCAGUGGGGCAACGAUGUGUACUGCUGGCCAUCCCUCCAUACACAAGUCUAGCUGGACAGUGUGGACAAGUGACUAAGUCAGACAACGGAACCUACACAGUGCAGCUGGACAAUGGAUUGAACCUGACAGAUGUCCCUAGUGUUGCCUUGAGCCGAAUCCGAAAUGGACCAGAAACUUCGGCCGUGACUUCGGGAGCGCCUGAGAGCGCACUGUCAGCAAAUGCAACAGUGUUUGCACCCUAUGCUGGUUUGGGUGGUGGCACAACCAAGCUGCAGCUUCAGGCUGCACGCCUCAAGGAUUCAUUGACGAAGGCACAUGGUUUGGCCGCCAACACCCCACAGUGGGGUGGCCUUUUCUGGCAAGCUGUCAAGAAUGAAAAGGACAUCUACGGCAUUGAACCCGAAAUUGGAAACCUCUUGCAAAGUCAUGGAUACAUUGGAGAUGGAACCAUUGGACCUCCACGAGCAGAAGAGCUCAAACGAGCCUUACAAGAAGUCGAGACGUUGGGGGCACCCGCCCAUGGCUCAGGAGGCACCUUUGCUCGAGUUGCCGAUAUCGGACAAGGGGAUAAUCCAGAACAAAUGGCUUGGCACUUGAAGCUUCCUGCCGACCUUCAACGAGCGGCUCCUGAACUUUACAGAAACAUCAGAGCGGAAGGAGUGUCCUCGGUUCGACAAUGGGUGAACGAUCAACACCCGUCGUUGGAGAUGAAACAAUCGUCGACGUACCAAGACUUGUUUUCUGCAGCUACGAUCAUAGACUUCGAGUUGGCCGAUUGCAAGUCCGAGGCAGCAGUCAUGCACAAGCUGGGGACCUCGGAUUCGCUAGAAAUACAACUUAGGAAGUUGGGGGCGCAUGUUUACUUCAGAAGGACGAAGGACAAAUUCGGAGCGAGCAGGAUGUUAGGGGUGAGAGCACCAGGCUCCCAAAGUGACAUAGCCCCAAAGUGGCUGCUCGACGAAGCGAACCUUCAUUCCAAGGUUGAGUGGCAACGUACAGAACGUGGGCAGAAGAUGAGUCGCCAUGAGCACACCGAAGGAGGCCCCAAGACGAAAUUCGCUGGAAACCAGACAUCAGCCUCACCCGAUGGUUUGCCGGGGGAGGCUGAUUUGUUUUUGCAUGAGCAGACCAACAGUCACACGGCUGAGGAAAUGCAGGCCGUGGAGGAAUUUAGAAGACAGCUCAAUGAUUUGCCGCUGUUGCCAUUGCCCAGUCCACCAAGGCCAGUGUGGAAGCCCAAGAGAUCACCAAGACUGCGUCAGAGACAGAAGCGUCGACUUGCAGCCUGGCGGGUCACUAUGGGCAUGGUGAAGACCAUAAAUGGCCUGGACGACGGGCGAGUUGCCAGUAAGCUGACGACACCUGAUACAGCUGGAGAGUGGACACGUAUGAAGGUCACAGCUGCCAGGUCUCUUGCGCUGCAGCAUCUUCUUAGAGAGGGAGCGGCAGUCGCACGGGCACGCCGGAGCCUUGGCUUGACAGGCGUCCAGACCUCCGAAGCUGUGAAACAACUCCUGAAACAACCUAUGGAUGAACUUGGUUAUUUGAAACUCAACGAUGUCAAACAAGUCCCACUCAUAGCUGAUAGAAUUGCUGAGCCUGCAUGUAAGAACUUCAUUGACAUGUUGGACGCCCUGCCCCAUGAAGACGCAAUUUUCUAUGCCCAGGAAGCUCAUGUUGUUGACCCGAUUGGCAAGUGCGAAGUUUUCUUUCGAGAGGCCGAGAAACAUUAUGGGUUCAUAGGUGGAACAGAAGAUGAGUACUUGAAGUACCUGGGCAGGGAAGAUGUGCAGUACCUGUGGGAGUGGGACACCUUGGAUGGCAUCCGCGCCAUUGCAGGCGUGUCAGCGGUGCCUAAGAAGGACCCACUCAAACAGAGAAAGUUGGUGAUGCAGGUGGCGUCAAACUACAUGUUCACCGAUCCAUCUACGAGGGCUCAUUUAGGCAUGUGCGGGGGAGCGGCGUUGUCUCGUUGUUUCGUUCCUUCUGACUACAUGCAUGUGGCCCUUUGUGAUGAGGAUUCAGCAUUCACUUUUGUCAAGGUUCCUUCAUGGAUGUCUCGAUGGCAGGGAGGACCACCGGUUCUUGCACACAGGGCUUGGCAUCUUCUUCCAGCGCAUGUAAAAGAACGUAUACAUGAUCCACAUUCAGAAUAUGUAUCCCCACGUUACCUCCGCCUGGCCAUGGGAGGAUCACAUUCGGUCUACAUCUUGAUGCGCAUCAACAUGGAACACAUAGGCCGUUCACUCAUGCAGUAUGUCAAGGACAACCCCAUGAAGAACACACAAGAUGACAUACCUGACACUGGACAGGCCGUGGACUACGAGCACGUAGACGACCAAGCCCUCAUGACAUCUGAUGAGGACUGGUUGAAGCUCCAAACCAAACGACGUGGAGACGAGAACACGAUCGGGGCUUCGGGAUACACAGUCCAGGGCUGGUGUGAUGAAGUCCGAAGAGUGAAACAGCAGCCGGACAGGACUAUGGUGGUGAUGCAUUUCUUUGCAGGCGAGAGACGUUCAGGUGACAUAGAAGAACAUGUUAAAGAUGAGGCACUUAAACUUGGGUUGAGACUAUUGUUCAUCAGCAUUGACCUUGCCACGGACGCUAACUGGGACUUCACGCUGCCGAGAACAUUUCACAUGAUCAUGAGUCUCGUUGAAGAGGGCCUCAUCGAUGCAGUCAUUGGGGGCCCCCCUUGUUCUACUGUAGCCAGAGGCAGACAUGUGCGCAUUCCAUCUGGACCGAGGCCGCUUCGAUUUCGAUGGUGUGUCUGGGGACGCAGUGACCUCAGUCCUCACGAGAAGGCCAGAGUUGAAGAAGCAAAUACGCUCUGGCUGAACUACAUGGCAGUGUGUGAAGCGGUCUCAUCAAGGGGGGGAAUACAUUGGUGGGAGCACCCGGCCGAUCCAGGCAAAGAUCCUUAUCCUUCAGUGUGGAUCACGGAGGAGAUGAUUGGUUUGGAGAGGCGGACGGGAGCGAUCAGGGCAAUCUUCCACCAAUGUCCUUUCGGGGGAGCAGUACCCAAGUUGACAUGCUUGUCAGGCACAAUGAUGGACCUGCAGACGCUGGAUGGUGUCAUGUGCCCAGGUUUGAGUGAAACACAUGUUCAUGGUCAUUCAAUGGGAAGAGAUCCAGAAGGGGGGUUCUAUUCACGCAAACUACAGGCCUAUCCAAGUGACCUUUGUCUUGCACUAGCUAAGCUCCUUGUCAAGCACCUGGCCGUCUUGAGAUCUCGUGAACGUGGCCCCACUGGUGCUCUGCGCCAGGCUGAUGAUCUUCCGGCGCCACGAGUUCCAGCUUGGAGCACGUGGGCGUCGCAGAGAGGCGAGGGGGUGACACUCCUCAACGAAGCAAGUACGCGGAAACAAUCGGUGAGGCUAAGUACAAGACAGUCGGCGGUGUAUGUACAUGUCGCUGAUACCGUAUGUGUCAGUGAUGGACAUGCCACUUCGUAUGAGGCUGACAGACUGAUGAAGCACAUUGUGAACUCUCUGGAGGCGAUUGGUUUUGGUGUGUCACAACAGGAGACAAACGACAAGGUGGAGAAGGUCGUAGGCUAUGAAGUGUCUAGACAUCCUGCAGUUUUUCGUUUUCCCACAAAGAAGAUGGUUUUACUUGCGGACUCCCUCAAGUACCUGACGUCACGCAGAAGGGUACAAGUAAGAGUGCUUCGAUCGCUGGUAGGCCUGUGGAUCUUCGGAGCGUUGCUGAGGAGGGAGCUUCUGUCCAUUCCCCAUGCACUGUUUCAUUUUAUUGAAGAGUUUGACGGUCAGACAGUGGUUUGGUGGCCGAGUGUUCGGGAAGAAGUGGUAGCUAUGGCAAGAGUCAUCCCUCUCAUGUCAUGCCAUGUGGGUGCAAAGUUUUUGAACUGGAUUUUUGCCACCGAUGCAAUGGGUGUCAACGAAACCGACCUAGGCGGCUAUGGCAUCGUCAUGAGCCCGCUUAGUGAGGCAGAGAUAGAUGACAUCCUCAGACAGGGUGAGUCAGAGGGCAGGUCGAUCGCACGACUUGACGGUCAGGGAGGUGCAAAGUUUCCAAACAAAUCUCUGAGACCGACAGUGCCUUUUACUUUGCUCCCGGACUCACUGCUGACGGACGAGCGUUGGCAUCUGGUAGAGGCAGGCCGCUGGAAGUAUGGCGACCACAUCACGGUGGGUGAGUCUAGAACAGUGGUUAAGCUCCUACGAAUGUUGGCAAGUUCAGUGACAUGUCAUGACAGUGUGGUCUUCUCACUACAGGACAACAAACCUACUGCUUAUAGCAUGGCUAAAGGAAGAAGCCCAUCCUUUGCACUAAACCGCGUACUUCGAAAGAAAGCAGGUAUUUGUUUGGCAAGCAGAAUCAGACUUUUCCUGCCGUGGUUAGAGCUACAUCCGGACUUAGCAGCAAGAGUGAAGAAGGAGACCUUGCAGACCUAUCGAAAAGCACUUGACCCUUUUUUGGACUAUUUGAAUGACAAGUGGGAGUUGAAUAGCAUUGAGCCGGCCGACAUUGAUUUGCUGGUCCUCGAAUACCGCAGUGAACGCGAGUUGACGAGGAGCCAACACACUCAACUGCUGGCCUCUCUGGAAUUUUUCAUGCCGCACCUCAAAGGAACCCUGAUUUACACCAAGGAGGCCAUCAAGGGUAGGUUGACAGCUGAACCAAUACGACACACAGUACCUCUGGCACCAGAAGCAGCAUACCUGUUUGGGGCAUACCAUGCUUCACGGGGCAAUCAACGAUUGGCCGCUGCGAUAUUCGUACAACUGGGUACUGGGCUUCGACCCUCUGAACUUUUGGGGCUGAACACUGACCAUGUCUUCAUCCCGAACAACCAGUCUGAGUUCAUCAACAUUCGUUUGGGGGUUGUGCAGUCCGCAGGGCGCUGGCUGUCAGAGACAAGCUUCAAGACAUAUAUUGACACAGCAGGAAGUCUUCAUGUACGCACUCAGAUCUCGUUUAACAACUUGCUGAAAGCAGCCAACUGGUGUAAACAACACAUUGAAGAUUACUUUGUAGGUCUUUCCUGUCUUGAUGGUGAAGCCCAGCCGGGCAGAUUCGGUCGAUCGCAUGCACCGACCGGACCUCCGCCUUCGCGAAAAUCGCUUCCUUUUGCCCCAACCUCCGGAGCAUCUCAGCACGCACCAGAAGCGAAAGUGGAGAGAAGAGCAGUUGACAGCACUGAUGGCCCCUUCCACACAGAGGGCCUCAGACAGCGCCGGGCGAGCCUCGGGGGCACCGCCUCAGGCCAGAGCAAAGGUGGCUCCAGCACCAAGGGCCGUGGCAGGGGGAAGCUGCUACCGCCUGGCAGAGCGCCUCAGUCGAUCUUUGGCUAG